UCAGGAGAUUUCUCACUUCAGGUCUUUGAGUGAUACCCAUGCUGCUUUCUCCUACAUGCCUGGCCUCCUGAAGAUGCCCAGGAGAGAAACUCUUUCUCUGUGGACUCUUGUGGUGCUGCUGCAGCUGGCAUUUGUCCCGUCACAGCUCCUCAAUCGCUGUUUGGAGAUCAUCCCUCACAAAGCUUUCAGAUGCAUGGGGCUGAACGUCUCUGGAGUUCCCGCUGAAGUCCCAAACACCACCCAGAAGUUGGAUCUCAGUUUCAACAAUCUGACAUCACUGGGGUCAAAUUAUUUUUCGUCAGUGCCUGAACUGCAGCUUCUGGAUCUUUCAAGGUGCCAACUCCUUACAAUAGAAGAUAACUCUUUUAUGGAUCUUCAUAAACUUUCCACCUUAAUUUUAACUGCCAAUUCCCUCCAGUAUCUGGGGACAGCAGCCUUCUAUGGCUUAACGUCUCUGAAAAAACUAGUAUUGGUGGAAACCAGCAUAGCCUCUCUGACUGACCUACCCGUUGGACACUUGCAUAUGCUGCAGGAGCUGAAUUUGGGCCACAACCACAUUGCUUCAUUGAAGCUUCCCAACUAUUUCACCAACCUGACCUCUCUCAGGCACCUGAGCUUUCUCUCUAACAAGAUCACACAUAUCUCCAAAGGAGAUCUUGAUGCCCUGAGGGAAGCAAACAGGCUCAACCUCACACUGGUACUUUCCUUAAAUAAUAUAAAAUACAUACAGCCAGAGUCUUUCUCAAAGAUUCACCUUGGUGAGCUGGUUCUAAGGUCUUCUUUUGAGAACUUCAAUGUGAUGCACACUUCUCUUCAAGGCCUGACUGGUUUGCAGGUCAACAGACUAAUAGUUGGAGAAUUCAACGACAUUGAGAAACUUGUGAACUUUCAGAGUGGACUCUUGAGUGGACUGUGUCAGGUACAGAUGCAAGAGUUUGUUUUAAUCUCUUUCAGGAGAUUUGACAAUAACACAGACACUCUUUUUAACUGCAUAGGCAAUGUCUCCAGUAUUCGGUUGGUGGACCUCCAACUUGAAGAGGUGUCAGAGGUUCCUAUGUCCUCUCAAGUGAAACAAUUGGAAUGCCAACGAUGCAAGUUUAAGGAAGUGCCUGCUGAGAAGCUGUCUCUUUUCAAGGAGCUGAGAGUGCUUCGUGUUAUCAAGAGUAAACACCUCAAUAGCUUCCACCAGAAAUUUCAGAAUCUAAGUAACCUGGAGGUCGUAGAUUUGAGUGAGAAUCGCCUCUCCUUCACUGGCUGCUGUUCCCCUCAGUUUCGUGCAUGUCCAAAUUUGAAACACUUGAACCUAAGCUUCAAUUCUGACAUCAGUGUGACUGGAGAUUUCAUUAAUGUGAAGAAUUUGUUAUAUUUGGACUUUCAGCACACAAAGUUAUUUGGUCCUGGCUCCUACCCUGUCUUUCUGUCCCUUCACAAACUCAUUUACCUUGACAUUUCCCAUACUAGAAUUCAUAUUAAAUCCCAGUGUACAUUUUGUGGCUUGAACUCUUUGCAAGUGCUCAAGAUGGCAGGCAACUCCUUCGAGAACAAUAAACUGGCUAACAACUUCAAAACCCUAAGUCUCCUCCACACCUUGGAUAUUUCAAGUUGCAAAUUAGUACAGGUGGAUCAAAGUACGUUUGAUGCCCUCUCUGAACUAAAAGAGCUAAACAUCAGCAACAAUAAGCUACUGAGCUUUGAUCCUGUCGUCUACAAGCCACUCCAAGCCCUCACAUUCCUGGAUUUCAGCAACAACCAGCUGAGUGUUCUGUUGGACUCAGCCCUGGAAAUCCUGCCUGAUAGUCUGAUCCUGUUAGACAUCUCUCAAAACCUGUUCGAAUGCUCUUGCGUAUACCUGAACUUUCUGAAAUGGAUCAAGGAAAAUCAGGAGCUACUGCACAACAAGGAGUUGAUGAUAUGUCACAUGCCUGCAUACAUGAAGAACGUGAGCUUGUCGAGCUUUGAUCUAUCCUCCUGCCAAGUCAGUGCAAGCACAGUGACAUUUUCAGUGAUGACGUUGCUCACUGCAGUGGUGUUCCUCUUCCUGAUUUACAAGUACUACUUCCAGUUAUACUACUCGUUGGUGCUGCUCAUUGGGUGUAAACACUCUGCAGAAAGGGGUGACAUCUAUGAUGCAUUUGUUAUCCACUCCAGCAAAGAUCAAGAAUGGGUGAUGAAAGAGCUGGUGGAACCCUUGGAAGGAGGAACACCUCCCUUUCAGCUUUGUCUUUACUACAGGGAUUUCCUACCAGGGGUACCCAUUGUCACAAAUAUCAUCCAAGAGGGUUUUCUGAGUAGCAGAAAUGUCAUUGCAGUCAUCUCUACUGACUUUCUGGAGAGCAAGUGGUGUAGCUUUGAGUUUGACAUUGCCCAGUCCUGGCAGCUUGUUGAAGGAAAGGCUGGAAUCAUCAUGAUUGUGCUAGAAGAGGUGAAUAAGGCCUUGCUGAGGCAGAGGCUGGGGCUGUCCCGAUACCUGAGGAGGAACACCUAUCUGGAGUGGAAAAACAAGGAAAUUAAUAGGCAUAUCUUCUGGAGGCAGCUGACAGGAGUCCUGCUGGAAGGCAAAAACGGAAUCAUGAGGAAGUAAAGCUCAUGUGAAGAGAAACAGAGAUCACUUCUCUCCUGUCUCCCA